AUGAAACAAAAUAAAGUAGAAAUGUAAUAUUUUUAUUUUCGAUACUUAAAAACAUUUUACAAUUAAAGAAAGAAAAAUGCGUGAAGCUUUUAUAUUUAUUAAAUUUUGUAUAAUAUGUACAUUUUGUAUAUAUUUUGUUUAAUCCAAUAUCAUAUUACAACUAAUUUUUGAUACAAGUAUCAUUUUAAUCUACGAAAAUUAAUGAAUUAAUGUCUAAUAAUAUGUAUAGAUCAAUAUUUAUUUGCCUCCUACUCACAAAUGGGAGAUGAAGCGAAUGAAUAGGAUAUGUAUACUUGUUUAAUCUAGUCUAAACGUAUAACCAUAUUACCAAUUAAUUUCUCGUGUAUUGUUGUAAACAUAACCUAAGUGUAUAAUUCUAAAAAAUGUUAUGCAGAACAAUUUUUAACAUUAUCCGAAGAACAGAAUAUAUAAAUACGCAAAUGUCAUGUGCAUUAAGAAGCGUAUUAAAAUUAAGUUCUACGCCAUACAAUUUACUUAUAAAUUGUUCAAAUCCACAAAAUCUUAAUUCUAUGAUAUUCGUAAGAUUUAAGAGCAAAGGCAAUAUUUCAAAGAAAAGUAAGGAUGAAGAAUCAGACGAGGAAUCAGAUGAAGAUGAUUUUGAAACAGAAAUUGGUACAAAAAUAAUUGAAGUUACAGUACCUUCUCUUCGAUUGGAUGUUAUUGCCAAAAGCGGUUUUGGAAAGUCACGUGCGUCCAAAUUGGAGAUGAAAUAGAUCACAUUCAAGGACGAAAUCCUAAAAAUCCUGAGUAUUUGAUAAUAAAUCGAUGUGUAUUAAAAUCAGUCAGUGUGGAUCCAGAAACAGAUACUAUCAAAAUAAAGUUAGCUCAAAAUAAAUCCUUAUUAAUUGAAGAUUAUACAGACAAAUGGCGUGAGUCGUAAUAAAGUGUAAAAUUCAUUAAUAUAUAAUUUAUAUAAUAAAUGUAUAAUAGGUUUUAUAAAAAUAGAAUAAAGGAAUUUUUAAUAACAUGCAAGUUUUAAAAAUGACUUUUAAUGAUAUAACAACUAAAUUAUUUAAAAAAGAAAUUAUUUAUUAAAAUAGUUUCAUGUAAAAGUAUCUUACAUUUAUUUAUCUGACUUAAUAUUUAUUUUUGCUAGCGUGUUUUCUAUAAUUUUAUUACACUGCAAAAAAAAUACACUCUUUAAAAUUAUAUUGAAAGAAAACUAUAUAAAUUUUGUAUUAAAUUAAAAUAAAAUUCUAUUUACUUACAUAAGCUAUACAAAGUAUUCCAUUUGAAUAUAAGUUAUUUAAAUCUUCUAAUGCCUUUGUAAUAUCAGACAUACAUUUGAUUUUCUGAAAAAAAAGAGUAGGAUUUAAAUAUAUAAUAAUGCGUAAAUUGAUAAUCAAAAUAACAUUAUUAAAUUUUAAAUAAAAUAAAAUAUAUUUACCUUCAAAAUAAAUAUUGUAUCGUCAUCAUUUAAAAAUGGUAAAAGUGCAAGUGCUAAAUGUACUUGUUGGCAUUGAAGACAAUACUUUAUAAUAUUAGUGAAAUUUAACAUAUGUGUAACUGGACAUGAAUAUAAAAGUUGUAAAGCUUCGAUGCAGUCUUCAAUUUGUUCAGAGGUUGGAUUCAUAUCCAUUUUUCUAAAAGGUUCUGAAAUUAUUACUUCCCAUCCCAAUAGAUAUCCAUUAGAAUUUAUAAUGGCAUUUAUAUUCCGUAUUUGUAGUAAAAUUGUUUUUAAUUCAUUUAUCUGUAAAUAUGACAAAAAUGUAAAAUAUUAUUUUUAUAUAGUUUAAAAUAUUUUAAUUUAAAAUAAUAAGUUUUAUUAAUAAUUAACCAUUAAUAAUUUAGCUAAUUUAGUUAAAUUUUUAUCCCAGAGAGAAUAUUCAUAUAUUUCAAAAUCUAUGCAAAGUUGUGCGAUAAUAACAAGAGCUUGCGGCGAAUAACUUCGUGUUUUCCAUAGAAUUUGUAUAAGUUCAUGUUUUUGACACGUUUCAAAUGUACUUAUACUGUAACCUACUCCUAAUGAUUCCAAUUUACUUAUAUAUUUCAAAGAUCUCAUGUAAUUUCUGAAAUAUAAAUAUUUGAAAAUAUUAUAUAAAAUAAGAGAAUUAAAAAUAUAAAAGAAUUAGAAAAUAAUAUUUACUUAAUUGUUUGGGCAUUACGUUUAGUUAAAUGUUCCAAUUUAACGGGAUGAACUAUAGUUUGUAACAUACGAAGAGCUCUAUAACAUGCUUCAGGACUAUAGUUUUCAUUUUUUUCAUCAAAAGCUAUAUUUAUAAGAAAAUUUGCUGAAAAUUCGAGAUCUCCAUAUUCUAAAAUAUAGCAUGCUCUGGAAAUUUUUUUAUCAAUGUUUAGAUAUUUUACAUAAUAUAUACAAAAAAAGAAUAUUUCAAAUAUACUGAUAUACCUCAAUAAAUUAUCAUCAGAAUUUGAAUUUGAUUCGAAAUUUGUUGUUGCUGAAAAUGUAUCUGUUAUACUUCGAUUAAGUUUUAUAUAUUUAGUAUCUGGUUGUAGCCAUUCCUGUACUAAUUCCAUCCGUAAUUUAAUCAUAUUGAUAGAAAAUAACUGACUGAUAGAAUUAACUGCAGAAUUUAUAUCAGGUCUAUGAUCAAUAACACAUCGAUAUCUUUGAGGAAUACUUUCAUCUGCAUAUAGUUCACGAACUAGUUUAUUUGGAUUCCCGAUUAAUGACAAAUAAUUUUUAUUUUUCAAGCCAUAUACAUGUAAAAUAUGUUCCGAUGUAAAUCGUAAAUAUUUGAAUUUGAUUUUCUGAAACAACACAGAAAUGUUAAGUUAAUAUAUUAAUAAAAUUGUAAGAAAUAAAAUAAAAAAUAUACUUCUAGCAUUCCAUCUUCAAACAUUGUAGAUUUCUGGGCUGAUAGCUGA